AUGGAUGAUGAUGAUGGGAGUUUGGGCCAGAGCAGUCGUGAUCUGGUGAUGUGCAUGGAGGAGGAGGGGGCCAGCUCUCUGUGGGGUGUGCCAAUGAGCAGGAAAGCUGGAGUGUGUGGACUGAUAAAUUCAGGAAAUUCCUGCUACAUGAAUGCUGUUCUACAGUGUCUCUGCUCGACUGUUCCCCUGGUGGAAUACCUUCUCAGCCGCCACACACAAACCGAGCUGGCCAAGCACGAGAGCAUGGUUGUGAGGGUAUUUGUGACCCUGCUGGAGGAGGUGUGGCUGGGCCAGAGCCCCAGCUACGUCCCAGGGGAUUUGAGGUCCAUGGUGAGUUCUCUCCACCCUCAGUUCAACAAUCACUCCCAGCAGGAUGCUCAGGAGCUGCUGCUGUUCCUGCUGAACGCCCUCCACGACGACCUCAAAAAGAAGGGAGCGACACGCUUCUCCAGCCGUCAUGGCAGGAAGUCCCCUGGUGGGGAGUCCACCAUCAUCACACGUCUGUUUGAGGGACAGCUGAGUUAUGUGACACUGUGCAUGCGCUGUGACCAGCAGGGGCAGAGCAACCAAGUCUUCACCAUACUGUCCCUGCCCAUGCCUGCAGAUGUGUACAAGUGCUCUCUUCAGGACUGCUUGUCUCUGUUCUUCCAACAGAGCACUCUGACAGGUGGAGACCAGAAGCUGUGUACAGAGUGUGGGAUCAAGAGAGAUACAGCAGUAAUAACCACUCUAUCCAAACCUCCAGAGAUCCUCAUGCUUCACCUCAAGCGUUUUGGUUGCCAUGGGACAGAAAAGAAAAAGUUAAGGACUAACGUCCUCUUCUCAAUGGACAAUCUGGACUUGUCUCCAUUCUUGACCUCUCCGUCAGCACUCUACACCAGCUAUUCCCUGUAUGCUGUGGUGAACCACACAGGGGAUCUGGACAUGGGUCACUACACAGCUCUGUGCCACAGCACCUUGUCCCAUGCCUGGCACCGGUUUGAUGACACAACUGUCACAGAGAUCCAGGACUUCCUGGUCCAGUCCCCCAACACCUACAUCCUGCUGUACAGCCGCAGGCCCUUCACCAGGCCCGACGUCCCCGGACUGUAA